AUGGGAAUUGUGUCCAACACAUUACAUGCAAGUGCAAGUGGAGCAGGAUUCAUAGCUAUUUUGGUGAGGAUUGAUUUUCUAUACUUAACGUACCAAAAGAGAAAACUCACCAAACUAAAAGAGAAAUUCUUUAAGCAAAACGGUGGUCUUAUUUUGCCACAACAACUCUCUACAAAAGAAGAGUCCUCUCAUACUACUAAAAUUUUUACUACCGAACAGUUGAAGAAGGCCACCAACAACUACGACGACAACCUAGUCGUUGGCAGGGGAGGUUUUGGCGCAGUGUACAAAGGACUUCUAGAGAAUGACAAAGUUGUUGCCAUCAAGAAGUCCAAAACAGUUAAUCCUACACAAGUUGAGCAAUUCAUCAAUGAGGUUAUUGUUUUGUCCCAAAUUAACCACAGAAAUGUGGUGAAGCUUUUGGGUUACUGUUUAGAAACAGAAGUCCCUCUUCUUGUCUAUGAGUUUGUAAGCAAUGGCACACUCUUCGAUUUUAUCCAUAAUGAAAACAAGAGAAAUAAUUUCAAUUGGGAAAAUCGUCUGAGAGUUGCAGCAGAGGCAGCCGGAGCUUUAUCAUAUCAUCACUCAGCUGCUUCCAUACCAAUUGUCCACGGAGAUGUUAAGAGUGUCAACAUUCUCUUAGACGAAGAUUUCACUGCCAAAGUCUCUGACUUUGGAACUUCUAGAUUCAUUCCACGGGAUCAAGUUGCAUUGGCUACAAUGGUCCAAGGAACUUUUGGUUAUUUGGAUCCAGAAUACAUGCAAACCAGCCAACUCACCGAGAAAAGCGAUGUGUAUAGCUUUGGCGUUGUGCUGGCAGAGCUUCUUACAGGACAGAAAGCUCUUUCAUUUGAGAGGCCGGAAGGGAAGGAAAAUCUUGCUAUCUACUUUCUAUCUUGCCUGAAGGAGAAUCGCUUGUUUGAAGCUCUUCAAGUUGGAAUCUUGAAUGAAGAUAACAAGCAGCAGAUUGUGGAAGUUGCUGAUGUUACUGCAAAGUGUUUGAGACUCAAAGGGGAAGAGAGACCAUACAUGAAGGAAGUGGCAGUGAAAUUGGAAGGAAUAAGGGAAAUGUCACAGCAACAAUGGGUCAAUAAUGCGGACAACAAUUUUGAAGAGACCCAAUCUCCAAAAAGACAUGAUAGUAUUACCAAUGAUGAAGAAGUCUUAUUGUCUUUAUCAUAUGAAAGGUGAUAGGUGAAAAUGUUAUUUAUAUUAAUUAUUUUUAAGUUUGUUAUUAGGAUGACAAAAAAAUAGGUUAAAAAAAAAG